CCGGUUAAACAAUAACGCUUUAUUAUAUGUUAUUAUUAUUUUCUGAAAAUAAAUAUUUAAUAUUAAUAUUUGUAAUAUAUAUUCAAAAAUGGGUCUUUUAGUUCGACAAAUUUGUAAUAUAUUAAAAAAAAUGCCUGGAACUCCUAAUAAGAUUUACAAAAGACCAUUUACAGUCUGCGUAGAAGGUAAUAUUGGAAGUGGAAAGACUACUUUUUUAAAUCAUUUCAAAAAUUAUGAUAAUGCGGUGGUUUUACAAGAACCUGUAGAACUAUGGCGUGAUGUUGCAGGAGUUAAUCUAUUAGAUCUUAUGUAUAAAGAUCCAAAGCGGUACGCUUUUCUAUUCCAAUCUUAUGUACAGUUAACGAUGCUUCAAUUACAUACUUAUAAAACACAAUCACCUUACAAAAUCAUGGAGAGAUCGGUUUACAGUGCAAGAUUGUUUAUAGAAAAUAUGAAACGUAGUAAAAUGUUGCAAGAUAUUGAAGUUAUUGUUUUAGAAGAUUGGUACAAUUGGUGUAUAACAAGUGCUAACAUAGAAACAGACAUGAUAAUAUAUUUAAGAACAAGUCCAGAAGUUGUUUACCAAAGAAUGCGUAUACGAGCUCGUAAAGAGGAAAAUGCUGUAUCAUUGGAAUACUUGCAACAAAUUCAUCAAAUACACGACGAAUGGCUACUACAACAAAGCUUGUUUUCUUUGCCAGCACCAGUCGUUGUCUUAGAUGGAAACAAGAGCAUUAACGAAAUGGUUGAUGAAUUUGAAAAAUGCAAAAGUACCAUUUUUUCGGAUAAAAAUCAAAAAGCAAAUAAAAGUGAAAUAAUAACAACAACAACAAAUACAACUUUCUCACAGGCAAAAUUGGAUUAUUAGAAAUAAAAUAUAAAUAAUGUAGGUAUUAAAAAUUUCUGCAUUUAAUAAUUUAAA